GCUCUAUUUUUGUAGGCAUUUGGCAUUAUAUUUGUGAUUGAUUGUUCGUUGCAAGCGCCGUUCGAGAAAACGCGUAACAUUUUGCACAAUCUGAUGCACAGCAGACACAUUCGAGGAAAACCAUUACUCAUCGUGGCCAAUAAACAAGAUUUAGAUCAAUCAAUCGAUGUGGUUGAUAUAACAUUAUUUUUUCGCAUUGAUGAACUAUGCAACUUACUGAGAACUCCAUGUUGGAUUAUCACAUCUGGUGCGCCAGAUCGAUCUGACCUACAUAACGGUAUGGAAUGGAUGGUUGACACUAUAGUUGACAAUUACAAAUCACUCAAAAAUCGAAUACGAUUCAAUGGCUUGCUCACCACACCGAUUAAACGAUUUAGAAGAGAAAGAACUAGUUUGCCAAAGAAGGUAGCACCAAUGGAAAAUAGAAGACGUAUUCGUUCGGCUCCAUCAAAAAUCGCAGCACAGCGUGUGAGCAAAGUUAAUGGUUACACGAAUCCCGUCAAAGCACUCAAUCGAGUACAACAAAUAACACCUUCAAAACCAACGACACCCUCACCAGAACCAUCAAUUUUCAGGCUAAAUACAAUAGUGUUGAGCCACGAAUGAACUUAUCCUACCGUCUAGUUACACUCAAAACCAAUUUCUUAGAUUUUUUUAUCAACCGUUUUUAUGUGGAUCCAAUUCGUCACGGAACCUGCACAUUUACUAUUGAAUUUUUCGUUGUUUUUUUCUUCUAUGGAUUUCUUUUUCUUGUUAUUAGAUUUAUUACCAUUGGGUAUAUAUGUUUUGUCUUCCAAUAUGCGCCAUUAGUUCCUUGAUUUGUUUCACUUCAGUUCGUACAUCUAUAAAAUAAAUUUGUUAG